AUGAAAAUUUUCAAAUUUCUUUCCGCUUUUGCCGCUUUUGUCGCCUCGACUGGCAUUUCUACUCAUGUUCUCGACCUGACUACUGGUCUUCCUGGACCAGGAAUGAAGAUUGACGUCUUUUACCAGGUCGAUCAGGGCUAUGGAGUCGGACCUGACUGGACUCCAAUUCGAUCACUAAUCACGAAUUCUGAUGGGCGAACCGACGAGCCCGUCGUCAGCACUGAGGAAAUCGAGAUGAUCAACCGCGCCAGUGACAACUUCUACAAGAUCGUCUUCUACACCGACGAGUACUACAAGGACGUCGACACUUUCUUCCCACGACCCGAGAUGGUCUUCCGCGUCAAGAAAGAGCAGAUCGGCGAGCACUUUCACGUCCCAAUCCUCUGCACUCCGUAUUCUUACUCUACUUACCGAGGUUCUUAA